AUGUCAGUGGAUCUCCAUAAUGCAACAAGUAGCGCUGAGAACGUCGACGAGGACAACCUGGUGACUGUGUCCGAGGAAAGAUUAGCACACAGCGCCACGCACCAACAGGUAAGCCGCCACCAUGUUCAUCACAUAAUAUCUAUCGAGCCGGAGCCUUAUUUUUGGGGGGUGGCUGUGUCUCCAGGCACUAGGUCAGUCGCCGCCCCAAGUCUGGGUACCGUAAAGGACGGGUCACUCACCUUGCCUCCGUCCCCGCGGGUCAUAACUAGUAACGGAGCACAGUUGGUGGAGGUCCUCGAACCACAUACCUACCCCGGUCACCCAUUAUUUGCUUCACAUUCUGACAUCACUACCUGGAGAUCACACCAUGACCUCACUAAUCAAGGUUUUUCCGAUACUCACACGCCAGAAGACACACGCGACAAUAGACAAAAGACAACAGACCGAGACGCUGUUCAACAUCACACACCUAGUACAGGUUUAUUAACCGUGACGUCUAGUGCGAGGCGCAAAAACAGUGGCCAUGCUGAAAUAAACAAUGUGGGUUGGCAUGUGGAGGCGAGCACAAGACAGACAAGUGUGAAGGAUAAUACAAGCCAGGCAGGUGUGGAGGAUAAUACAAGCCAGGCAGGUGUGGAGGAUAAUACAAGCCAGGCAGGUGUAGAGGAUAAUACAAGCCAGGCAGGUGUGGAGGAUAAUACAAGCCAGGCAGGUGUGGAGGAUAAUACAAGCCAGGCAGGUGUGGAGGAUAAUACAAGCCAGGCAGGUGUGAAGGAUAAUACAAGCCAGGCAGGUGUGGAGGCAAGCACAAGACAGACAAGUGUGGAUGCCUGGAUAAAUCAGGCACGUGGGUUAACAAAGCAAACAGGUGUGGAGGCAAGCAUCACAGGUAGCCAGGUGAGACAGUUCCCUAGAGGGCCAAUAACGGGAGGCGACGACCAUACCUCCUCACGCCCGGGCCGCUCCUCCACACCACCACAAAGUUACACUAACCCAGUAGUCAUUGCUCGUCACCCGUUACCUUCACCAGGCCCCUUACCACGGCGUGGCGCGCUUUCUGCCUCACAGGAGGACGGGGAGAAUAUCCAACAUGCUGCCUCCUGGGCACAAGGACAUUUCAGUACAAGGGAAUUAGCUGAGAGUCCCCGAAGAGUCGUUCCUCACUCCAGAGGCAGCGUACGAGAUAGCGAUAACAGCCAGGUGGGACAGCAGGGUGUUAGUACGUCAUCCUCGGUUACUCAGAGUUACCCACAACUCAACAGACCUAUUCCUUACGACACUGCUAGGGAUCAUCACCCGCUUCUUGAUGAGGUGUUGAACAAACAGCUCCAGGCCAAAUCUCACCCUGUUUUCACAGGUGGUCACUCCCAGGUCGUGUUGGCGUCACAUCUUCCACACUCCAGGAACACUCCGGGGCACGAGGCGGAACUCCAGCCCGAACAACUUCCACAACCAAACUUCACGUCAUCUAUAAAAGUUUAUAUCAGUCCAGAGUCUAAGACCAGCAAUGGAAAAAUUUCCACAGACUCUACGCCAAUACAUCCUGGUGAUCACAGUAAAGCUACAGGUGCCAGGUCGUCAUACAGACGCCAGUAUGUGAAACUGAAUCCUCUGCAUGUCCGGCCGUCAAAUGGAGGCAAACCCGAGGCUCUGAGUUCCACACCACUGGCACACCCCGAGCACAGCAACUCCUCCAGAACCGACCUCUCCCAGCACGUCAACCCAAAAAGGAGGAGGAAGAGACCCACGACGCGGCGACCUGCAGGAAGUCCGCCGGCGUAUGAGAGUGGUGGGCCCGUCGAUCCCGCCCAGCUGAUCCUUCAACAAUCUCACUUCCAUCCAGCCGCUCCUGGACGACCCCCAUCCGGAGUCAUCGCUCAACCAGCCCCUGUCAUCCCUGAGACCCUCAUUGGCUCUACUGAGGCCCCACCAACUUCCCUCUUCUUCGUCAAGAAUGUAACAGGCAAUUCAGAUUCGCGUCAUCCCCCGUCGGUGGUAGAGCCAAGCGUCUUACAGGUCAGCGGCACACAGGACGGCCAGGAUUUAGGUCCUUCUCCAUUUUUCUCAGGACAUCCUAUUCAGCCACCUUAUGUGUUCACUACCGCGCGACCUGCCAGCAGCCCGGUCCGUCCUGCCAGUCUCCUCAUUUCGUCAGGAUCCACCACACUCCCGCCCAUCACGGUGCCUCCUCCCGGAUACAACCCACUGCUUGAGAAUUUCCAGAGGCUGGACGUAGUGGAGGUAAAUAACGACAGGAACUCUGGCGGUGUACACAUCCCCGCACCUCAGUUCCCUUACUCACUCCCUCCACCUUCAGAUUUCUACCCCAGCGCAUCUAUCCAGGACUAUUUUGCUCAGUCACAAUCACAUGCACCGGUUCCUAGUUUCCUUGGGUCAUCCAGUCCAGAAGUUUCAAGCCAACACACUGCUGCUUCCUCUCUUUCGUCACCAGUUUUAAGGAUCCCCGGAGCCGUACCCACACGACCCCCUCUUAGGCAGCCCAUCAUAGUGUCCAACAACACAGUUGUUAAUGUACACAACACAGAGCAUAUCAUUCCUUUUCUUGGUAAUAAUACUACAUUUGGUCUCCUGAAGCAGAUUGCAAAGUUGACAGUGGCAAACUCUGGCGAGCAAACACCGACUGAUCAUAACACCAGACCAGAAGUUGCAGCUACGCAAAAACUAAAUGCUCUUCUUGGAGGCUUAGAACACAUACAUAGCCAGAACACCAGCCAGGGAGCACAGACAAUGAAACUAUCAAGUGGAAUUUCUGUACCAAAUCCUAGUAUACACGUCCUUCCUCAACAAGUCCUUCCUGCCACCUCCCCUAUUUCCCCACCACAAUAUCCUCCCAGCUACCAACACCCAGGGCUUCUGGGCCAGGGAUUUCCACUAACCUCUGUCGCCGCCACUAACCCACAGACUGAUGUCAACAACUCACCCGGCCCUAUACUAGCGUAUCUUCCAGGCCACCUCCCACAGUCAAAUCCCCAACAGUUACAAUACCCACAGAGACCCUACCCACUAAGACCCUACUUACAAAGGCCUUACUUACAAAGACCUCUCCCACAGCAGUUUUAUCCGCCGUUUCCUGGAUAUGAAAACCCUUAUGGGCAUCAGUUUGGAGGUUUCGGUCACCAUCCUCCCGGGUCACCCAACCCGGAAGGCCAAACUUUGGACCCAAACAUGGGUGAAAAUGGUGGGGGGGCGUCAGCCAGUGUUGCUGCCUCAGUAACAGAUAAAACCUCGUCAGCGUCCUCAGAAGCAGAAGGGAGUGAUGGCGUUGUAUCGUCAUCAACAACCGUCAUAAGAGGCGGAACAUCAACUAGUAACAACAACUUUUACCGGCCUCGGCCUGGGCAGGACUCGGGGACUUCUGCCGCCAGUCCUUUUGCUGCAGGUUCUCAACGUCCUGGACCACGACCUUCUCCUACAGACGUCAGAAGACCUCGACCCAGACCUCCAAUCAUCGUCGACGGCUACCUGAACAGAACGGCAGUUCCCCAGGACGUCUUCCCAGGAGCCAAAAACGUGAACGUGCAGUGUUCCCGCAGACAUGGCUGUCCCAUGUUCAUUCUCAGGACGCGGCCAGACAGUCCACUCCCCAGAGACCGAAACAAAAACACUCACAUUUUAGACGAGGCUUUUGAGAAAAGACCUGGAGGUAACAUAAACAUCGCAUGUGACUACCAGGAAGGUUGUCCCACAUAUAUCAUCAACACCACCCCGGCACCGCUCCAAACCUCCACCACGCCGUCACCUUCACAAACUUCCCCUACAAGAGCACCAUCACAGCCAGAAGCUUCCUCCUCGCUGUCACAAAACUUACCUGCCACUCUGUCUGAUGCUGACCUCCUGGACGCUGUUACACUGGUACUCGGACUUCUCAACCAGACUGGUGGCCUCGACUUAUCAGAUGAAGAAGGAAGUUUGACUGGUGACUUCGAUUACAUUCUUCGGGGUGCAGGUAUUGAAGGAUAUGAUGACCUCCUCGCACACACUCCUGGAAUUGUACCUCCCAUAAAUCCCCAAAAUAUCCGGCCAGGAGUCCAGUUUGUGCCGCAUGAAGCCCCUGUCCCUACACCAAGUCCUCUGGCCCAGCACAUUGGUCUUCAGAAUCGACCUAAUUUUAAAGUGGUCCGUGUGCCUGAGAAUACGGUCCUGAACCCACCCUCGUUCUCAGAUCUCCUGGACAACAAACAGAGCCUCCAGGUGAACCCUCUCCUGACCAGCGAGUUUGGCAACACUCGUGACCCAACUCAAAAUUUCCUCGGUCAGCCGGGCACAUACGACUUGCUGAAGAGCCAACUCGUGCAGGCACAUCUUGGCUCACUACAAAAGACUGGUUUGUAUGUGACCCGCCAGGCGCCACUACAAGGCCACAACCUGCAGAAGGGCAGCCUUGACGAUGCCCACAUGGGUCAGGUGGCCGCAACGACACCUCCAUCACUGGCGGUCAUCUUGAGUCUAGAACAACAGAAGAUCCCGAAUGAGCCUCCGCUGGUGCCACAAGACCCCCAGGAGGGCCACCAUCACCACACCAUGAUGAGGCAGAUCCUGGCAGGCGCCCUCGUCACUGUCCCCAUGGCGACGGCUCUUCUGGGUGCCCUGGGUGCCCCCGCGGCCAUCAUGGCGCCCAUUGGGUUGGCCAUCCCCGCCCUCCUCACCAUGGGUUUUAUGGAUGUCAACAGCAACUCUGGAGGUUUUGGCAGCCACUUCCGUCGCCAUGCCCACGGCCACCACCAUCACCACCAAAACAACAACAAUCAGCCUACGACCUCCUCCACCAUCAACCGUGAAGACAAUGACAAUAACAAGCAGGACCAGAAGAGUAACGACGUGACCUCCAGCAACCAAGAUGACGACAGCAGAACCAGGAGACCAGGCCAAGGUGGUGGUGGUGGUGAUAGGCGACCCAGUUCAUCUCCUAAUAACGGAGGAGGGAUGGUCGGAGCUAUCAGGAGGGCCGUAGGUGUACUGCCCAUGGUCGCCUCCCACCUCACCUCCAGGAUGGGUCUAGGACGACAACGACAACGACGCUCAGCUGAUCAAGAAUUGACCACUUCAACUUAUACUACAAUGACACGCUCUGAACUCUCACCGGAAACCACCCAACCCAGCCUGACACAAGAAGACGAAGACGUCCCCACACCAUCGUUUCUUCUAGAGCUGCAACAAGGAACCGACGCCCCCUCACCACCUUCCCUCCUGCAGCAGCAACAGGAGUAUUUCCCCGCAUCCCCUCUUCAUUUGCAACAGCAACAACAAGAGGAGGUGCUCAUCUCACCUUCUGCCCUGCAGCAGGACCUGGACACCCUCAGGAAUAUGACACACUACUACUCCAAUUUAAGCAGUCACAACAAAAACAGCAGCAACUCGGUGAGGACACCAACUCCAGACGAAGUUAAACUGCACCGCAAGUAUCUGCUGACGGUCCUGCAGAAGUUAAAGAAAAUAAAUAAAGAGAUGAAAACCUCCGUGGGUAACUCUACAGCUCAUCAGGGAGGUGUGCUUACAAAACUCCAACAAGAUAUUGUGUCCCCUUCGGCAGCAGUUCCUCCUCCUCAGCCAGAUAAUUACCCCGAACACUCACCAGAGAGUUAUGAAGACGCGCCUCUUGUGUCCCACGAUGGUAGUACUUCACCUGUUGACCAAGACCUUCAUCUCGCAAGUUCUGCUUCUAAGGACCAGUUACCCGAAGACGAAACAAAUGAGAAACCUGUCGGCGUAGGGGUGGCUGUCGACAGGAUUGGACAACCCCCACUUGGCAACACAGACCUCCAGAACCUGGAUGUAGGCGCUGCCUCACUACUGCUGAACCAGUUCCAGACACAAGGACAGGGAUUGAACUUGUUACCUUCUGCCUUCCUUGGGCGUCCACCACCCCUCACCACCACCACCUCCCCACCAGCGUCACCACCCACGCUUCCUCCAAGAUUUGACCUCAUCUAUGGCCUACAAACAGCAGUGGAUGAUGAAAUAGUCAGCUCUGACAGUGACGGCGACAGUGACAACGUCUUCCCUGCCUCAGCCCACCCGGCUGACCUCUCCACCCUCUCACCCUCCUCCCCCGGCCUCCAACCUCCUCUCUUUGGUCUAUCAUCACCCAGAGUGUUCCCCAGAGAUCCCAGGCUACAGGAUCCUCUUCCAGACUUUCUCGGUGCGUCACCACAGCAACCACAGCCGUUACCACCUGCCACAGCAAGUAACUUCAAUUAUCUCUCUGACGAGUCCCCGGAAGCCUCCCUCCCACAGACGAUGGCAGGCACACACGCGGUGCCUCACAAGAUACCGCACCCGGUCCAGAGUAUCCCUCAGCCUGACCUCCUGGAAAAUUAUUUGGCUCUGGUCAAGGCUAUUAAUGUGGUUAAAGAGCUCAACAGAGUACGGCAAAGUCCUGUGUUACGUCAGGUGAGCGAGAGCGACACGAGGCUCACAGAUGUUCAGGUACAAGAAGAUUCUCCUGAUUGGCUCUUCCUCAGAAAUGCGGCACAGGACGUGUCAGAUGCGGCGCCUAAGUUCAUCACUGCCAUCACAUCACUCUUUAGUAACAUCGCCACGGCAGGCAGUAACUUCGGCAAGGACACCGUUAAGGCCAUCAGCACGCUCUUCGAGGACUUAGGUUCUGCCAUCGACGAGACGCCGCCCAUCCUGCUCCUCGGCCUCAUCCCGCUCAUGUUCCUGUUCAUUACCUUCUUGUUUUCCUCCAGCAAACACUUAAGCUUCGGACACCCCAUGAUGGGCGGAGGCUACAGAGGCAGAGCCUUAGCAGAGUCUAUGCACCUCGACUUGGACGCAGCAGAGUCAAUGGCCCGCCUCAUUUUGGGUCAGAUCGAUUCUUUUGAGGAAAAACUGCCGAAUUAGACUCCACCAAGAGAUUUACCGAGUGUCUGAAGUUACGUAGUGUUACUCUUUCGCAUGUUAUUAACUAUGUUGGUCUAUGUGCUAAGUGAAAGAUUUUGAGGGGAUAACUCUGGCAUUAGACACAGCACCUCUACAGUCACUAUAAGACAUCCGCUGGGCAUUACUGAUGUAUGUACAACCACACUGUGUAGUUAUCUUGCUCAUUAUUGUCUCUCAGUACUGGUAGUUAUGUAGAUGGUUAGGAAUAUCUAAAAAGUUCUCUGCUGUUUCUUAUUGUAAGAUAAUUACUCAGUAUUAAUAUUGAAUUUUAAUUACUCCAGACCGGAGAGUUAAGUCACACAUUAUGCUGGACUAAACAAUAUUACAUAAUAUUACUCUGAUAUGUUUCGAGGAAGUAAUUAAUAAAUAGGUGUUAAUUAAACUACAAUUAUAAAAGUUGAUUAUUCUCAUUUUAUAAAUCUUGUGACGUCACGAAGACUCUGCCCCUCGUAAGGUAAGUCUGGCCACAUGCUGGAGAGACACAAACGUCUUGGUAGUUUAAUAAAGCAGACCAAUAUCUUAAGAUUAUUCAGGAAUUUGGGUGAAAAU